GGCCCAUCAUUCUGCCACGGAACUCGUAUUCCUGAAGCAUCCCCCAACAUCGGCCCAUUCAUCAAUUCAGCACAUCCUACACGUAAUCUGCAGCUGCAUUCUCUUUCUCGGACCAGCACUCUCCUACAGCAACCCUUUCUAGACCGUAAUGUCGUCCAUUGCCAGGGACAGUCCCCUCAACGAGGACGCCGACCGAGUUGGCAACAAAGGCAAAAGUCGUCCGUCUAUCGAUGAUGACCGAACUCGGAGCCCAUCUGUCAUUGAUGAUGAGGACCUGAAGCACGAGGAUGGUGGUUCUGACAUCCGCAUGGGCGACGCGAGGCCAACCUACAAGUCGUGGAAGAAGAAGUACCGGAAGAUGCGCAUCAAGUUUGAUCAACUGCAAGCACAGAACGAGGAGCUAUAUCAGCUGGAACAGAAGGCGCUGAGGAAGACAAAACAGCUCGCCAGCUAUAAUGACCGCAUGCUGGAUGUCCUCUUAGACAUCAACAAUCGCCCACAAAUCCCAACAGAGAAGCGCUUCGACCUCAGCCUCCCUGUACCUCCAGACGCGGAGGAUGACUACGUUCUGCCCAUCGACACAGAGCCACCAUCGGACCCUCGGCCGUCGAAGUCGCUUCGUGAGCUGGUGAAAGAUAUACCACACAUGGAUUUCACUGCUACGACGGAGCGAUCACCUGACCUUGCGCAGGAGCUUAUCACUGGCAUCGACUCACCGGCCCUCGAUGCCAAUCAUCAACAAUACCCCCCGACGUUCCUAACCGCCGACGACAUCGACAAUUACCUGUGGGAGAUUGAUGUCAAGACCUCUGCCGACCCUGAUGCGUACGGCGAGCUGCCCGGGAUGCUGCCCACGCUGGCGCCGCUCGCGCGGGAACAGAACAGUGCGAGCAAUGGCACAGGCAGAGGGGCAACACCCAUGUCGAGCCGGGACUUCGCCUUGCGCAAUCCCACAAGUGUCUACAACUGGCUCAGGAAACACGCACCCAAGACGUUUCUGCAAGACCACGAGAGCGAUGAGAAGAAUGAGGAUCCCGACGAGGAGGAGGCUCGACCCACGCCCCGGAGGCAGACUGGUGGAAGCACCCGCAAACCGAGCGGUGAAGCGCGCGCAAGCACCGGAGCAGCGCGUGCUAAUGCAAAGAGCGAACGGGGCUCUAAGCGAUCCUCAGCUGCACACACCAAGGACAAGCGGAAGUCCGCGGACGAGACGAUGCUCAACGUGGAUGACGAGGCUGGCGCCAGCAAGGCAGCCGCUACGAGCAAGGGCAAACGGAAGCGGGCUGUGGAAGACGAUACUGGGUACCGGCCUAAGGGAGGGUCUAGCCGGCGCCCGGCGAAGAAGCGGACCAAAAACAACUCCGUUGGCGGAGGUGCAGGCAGCGAUGACAAGACUGCGGGUCCCACGCAUGGUGAGACUGCAGCAACCAAGAAGAAGGAGGCCGCCAAGGAGGUGUCAGACGGGGCAAAAGCUGGGGCUGGGGCAGAGGACUGAGGCACCUUGAGAGCUUUUUGGCGCAUGGUUUAAUGGCGCAUAGCUCCAGGAGUUAGAUAUCAGGUAUCAGCAAUCGAUGAGGACGUCACCUG